AAUGGAAUGGAUAACCAAUAUUUUCAAAGACGAGAGAAGCAGUCUUUAUUAUGUCGAUUCGGAGUUCAUGGAUUUUAUGGAAAAAAUGGGAGACUGUUAUGAAUUUACUGGAAUUGCUAUAUGGGCAAGAAAGAAGUUCAUCUCGCCGAAAAAACCAGUCACACUAUUUAAUAAAAUCUACGAUUUAAUAUAUUCUGAUAAAUGCCGGACUAAGGACCAUUGGGCUUUCGUCGCACGUGGAACUGCAAUCAUUAAUAGUCUGGAAAAGCAUGCUUUUUUCAUAUCUCAAUUUAAUGAUGAAGACUUCAUCUCAAACGAUGACACACCUAUUCAUGUAGAAGGACUAAAAGGUGCCAAACCUUUCCUAGCUCUGUUCACUGAUGAUAAGAAAACUGCAGCAUUGAGUAUUGUGCCUUCCUCUAACACAGACGUUUGGGUCAGAGAGAAAAACAAUGUAGAAGAUUACCAAUCAGAAGGAAAUACAUUUGUUUACAAAGAUGGGAAGUUGAUCAGUUCGAACUUCAUAAAAAAUGAGUGGACUUUGUUGGACACACCUAUGAAGUUAAGAGAGUUGAAUGACUGCAUUUAUAAAACCCCAUGUUCGGGCAAAAAAUACGAUGUAAUCGAGAAUAACAGCCAGCACUUUGUAGAAAAAUUGUGGCUCAUUUCCGUCGAAUAUAACAGGUGUAAAUACAAAUUACAUCAAAUCUACAAGGAAUACAAACAGAUAUUUCAAGUUGUUGUGCUAUCACAUCUAGACUGCAGCUUUCGUAAAAAACGCCAAGCCCCCCGAAAAGUGACCAGCACAGAACUAUAUAAGUUUAUCUGGACGUUUUAUUGCUACGUGAAGGCGACUUCCUCGACAGACGAGGCGGUAUCUCCAAUCUUGCUGAUGUGUGCUGUUACUGAUUACUGUUUUCAAGAAAUCUUCUUGUCUGAGCCUCAACUCUUCACAGAAGAAUUCAGGAACAUUCUCAGGCGGUCUGAGAAAAACUGCAUCAUUGAUCGUAUAUGCCGUGAAAUUAAGAUAAUGGAAUCUACCGAAGCUAAAAGAAUUAGAGACCAUGUCUUGAAGCCGCUGCUGGAGCACAACUUUAGUACAAGAGUACUAAACGCAGGCCUGGAAAACGACAAAGGAAUAUUUGAGCCCUCUGUCUUCAGCUUAAACCACGAAUCAAUCAACGAGAAAUAUGACAAGUACCUGCAGAGGCUAAGAGAACAUGACAGCAGAUUUUUCCUUGAAGACUACCAUGUCCCUCCAACUCGUUCUAUCGGAGACGCAACUUCUUCUAAACAUUCAGAACUGUUACCGACGAUUCCCAAAAACAGCGGGCUGCUGACGCAAUUGGAGGCAAAAGAGGGCUUGAAAUCCCUGGCUUCCAGUUCAACAGAGGAUAGUCUAAUAACUCUUAGAGCGAAAAAAGAAAGAGCCGACACCCUUGAAAUGCUUACUUACAACUACAGGACCAAGCCCAGUCAAGACCUACAAAUGAUCCUGACGAAAGUCAUGUAUAGAAAUAAAGAAGACAUCUUGAAGGUCAUCUUGAACAAAGUAUCAGAUAAGUUUAUAAAAGCGUACAGUGGACAAAAUGCGGAGGAGAAACUGGAUCAAGGAUUAAAAUUAUUUCAUAGGAUCUUUGGACUGAUGGUAAUAAGUUUAGCCGAUAAACGGGCUUCUGAAACUGCCAUUAGGAACCUUGCUUUUAAUGUUGGCUUCAUAUCUGCUACUUUUGCUAUUUCGCUCGAGAUUGUCCUAGAUUCGCACGGAAUUAGCGAAUGGGCAUUUCCCUGGAUACUGGAUGCCCUUGGUCUGCAUUCAUUCGUGGUGUGGAAAGUGAUAGAGUCAAUCAUCAUUCAUGACAGAGGUUUAUCUCAAACUAUCGUACACCACUUGAAAACAAUUGAGGAGACCAUGCUAGAAACCAUGGUGUGGGCUAGAGAUUCUCCACUCUACAACCAGUUAGCAGAAUGUGAAACACCUCGACCCCCGAAAUAUGAAGAAAUGCUGAGAUCUGACCUCCGCCAGUCUCUGCAAGUGUUUUUCAGAAGGAUCUAUUAUUUGGCCUCAUUUAGGAUCAGGAGAUUGGCCGAAAUAUUAGAUGUCUCUCCAGUUGAAAUCUGGACCGUAUUCGAGCACGCGAUGACUGAUCAUUUGCACCUCUUUCAAGAUCGACAUAUUGAUCAAAUCAUGCUAUCUUCUACUUAUCUGAUAUUAAAAGCGAAGAAUCUGAAGAUAACCUUUCGCCAUAUAAUCGAAUGCUACCGACAGCAGCCCCACGUCCAGAACAAACAAUACGUGUACAGAAACGUGUCCCUACGGACCAGUCCACUACCCCAAAUAUUGAUGUGUUCCUGCAAAAGCAGUGAAGUAGCAUCAGAUCAUAGUGAUAUAAUUGAGUUUUACAACAAUGUAUUCAUCAGACACAUGUCUACAAUUAUCAAAGAAAAUGAAGCCAAUUGUGAAACUUAUGACUUUAUUAGGUCACCUAUACCUCCCGCAUACCUCUCAUCUCCUGGAAACAUUUAUCAGAGUGAAGUUUUGCUCAGUAAAAAAUCUUUCAUUGAUCCUUAUUUUUUUGGGGAGAUUCCUUCCAGUUUUCCUUCAGCUUUCCUAACUCCUUGUAACUAUGAGCAGGAAACCUGGCGGCAGAGUUAAGAGAAAAGGUGUUGUGAUGGAUAGACACUUAAAGUUUGGUUCCCCAGCAACACAAUUUUCUAGAUUACAUGACCGAUAAGAAGUUUGUUAAGUCCAUCUUUGUAACGGUUUUAAUAU